CAACCUCUCAAGUUUCACAAUUUACAAUAUUUGUAAACAAAAAUAAAUCUCAAGUCAAGCAAAUUCAACCAAUAAUCCGAAGAAUAAUCAUCAAUGGACAACAUCUGCCGGUUGUGUUCAUCGCGUUCGCGAUCACCGACUUCAAUAUUUGAUUCCAAAAAUGGCAAACUGAUUGCAGACUUGAUAAAAAUAAUUUGUCCAAUAAAAAUUGCCAUUUCUGAUGACUUACCAAAGACAAUUUGUAAUUUAUGUUUGAGGAUCAUUUCUGAGGCUGUUGAGCUGCGCGAGAAGAGCAUUGAAACUGAUCAAAAUCUAAGGCGGAAAUUGACAACGAAAGAGUCAAAAAAUACCAAAAAUAACACGAAAAUUCCAGAAAUAAUCAAUCCAGAUCCAGUGAAGCUUGAAAAGGAAUCAAAUCUUAUAAAUUUUAUUGAUCAAAGCUUAGUUGGUCAUCAAGAUUUUCAUGAUUAUGAGGACAAUGAUGAUGAUGACAAUUCAGGAUACAUGGACUAUGAUCAGCAUGACGAUUCAGACAUCGUCAAUUAUGAACCACCAAUGAAGAUACAGAAGAGGGAUACAAGCUACUCGAAACGUACUAUUGAAGAUGAUAUUGAUUCUAUGACUAACAUAGUUGAACUUAAAAAUGUUAUGAAGACAUUCCAUAAACGACUGAUUAAAGUUGAAAAUGUAUUAAAUGAAUCUGAAGAAGUUAUUGAGAAACCAGUGAAAAGAGGUGAUUUUUUGAUGAACAAGAUAUCGACUGUACCGGAGUUUGAGAAGUUUGUUGAGGACAUUUCACUAUCUAAAGAUCUGAGGGACUAUUUGGUUCAAUAUUGGAAAGUUAUACCUCACGGAUCACGACAAUCUCCAGAAAAUGGUAAAGUCUAUGCAAUUCUACUGUCCCUGUUUGAUGAAGAUUUUCUCCACAAUAAUGUAAAAUGGGGACACGGAACCAAAAAAGAAUACAAUAAAGACAGUCAAAGUGAUGAAAAGAACUCAAAAACAGUAGUAUUAAAAACAGUUGAUCACUUUAUAGACAUGAUUAAAGAGGCAUUGGGAUUUAAAAGUGAUGCAAAUUCACAAAUUGCAACAAUUUUCAAGAACCUAUUUAGAAAUAAAAUAAAACGACAAAUGAUAAAAGGAAUAAAUCCAGCUGAAGUUGGACAAAAUGUUCAACCAACGAUUGCACAAGGCUUGCAGGAACAGACGUAAAG